AUGAAUUUUGCGGGCAAAGUUGUGCUCAUAACAGGCGCUAGUUCCGGAAUUGGCGCCGCAACCGCUGUCAAAUUGGCAAAACAUGGUGCUUGCCUUGCGCUUAAUGGACGUAAUGUGGAGAAUUUGAAGAAGGUUGAAGAUCAAUGCAGACAAAUAGGUUCAGCACCCGCUGUUGUUGUGGGCGACAUCAGCAAGGAGGAUGAUACAGAUCGAGUGUGGCGCGAGACUUUGGAGAAAUAUGGCAAACUCGAUGUGCUGGUUAACAAUGCGGGCAUCCUGGAAAACGGCAGCAUUGAGAACACUUCCCUGGAGCAGUUUGAUCGCGUGAUGAACACCAACCUGCGUGCCAUCUAUCAUUUGACCAUGUUGGCCACUCCUGAGCUAAUCAAAACCAAGGGCAACAUUGUGAACGUAUCCAGCGUGAAUGGCAUACGAUCCUUUCCUGGCGUACUCGCCUACAACAUUUCCAAAAUGGGCGUGGAUCAAUUAACGCGUUGCGUUGCCCUUGAACUUGCUGCCAAAGGAGUGCGUGCUAAUUGCGUCAAUCCUGGCGUUACUGUAACUAAUCUCCACAAGCGCGGCGGCAUGGAUGAGGUGACCUAUCAAAAGUUCCUGGAGCACUCGAAAAGCACACACGCCCUAGGACGGCCAGGCACAACGGAUGAAGUGGCUAAUGCCAUUGCAUUCUUGGCCAGUGACUUGGCCAGCUUCACCACGGGAGUCAGUUUGGCUGUUGACGGGGGACGUCACGCCAUGUGCCCACGCUAAAGGUAACAAUCUUCCCUGUUGAGCAAAAAGGCAUUUAUUUUAAUCAUAAUUACAAGACUAAUAAACGUUAAAAACACAA